AUGCCAUCCUUUACGUAUCUGCCAUGCGGCUCGAUGUACGUCAGGUGCUCCACCACGAUCGUGGCCUGCAAAACCAUGGAUCCAAUCCAUCAUCCUGACACACAUCAUCACAGCUGGUUUUACUGCAGCAAGCUCAGCCCGCAUCUGGGGCACCCUAAUCCGUCACCCCAUCCGACUUCAGAAUGUAUUCGUUGGGUUCGGCAACUCACCACCAGCAUCCAACCAAAUCUAGCGGAUCAACGGCGCAUCAACUUAGUUCCUGGCUUUGUGACUGUGGAGCGGUUGAAAAUGAAUUGCACGUUUUUGAUGAAUGUCCCGCUUACAAGAGCAUACGGGCUAAGUACGAUGGUGACCUAG